AUGACAGAUGCUUCAGCGCAACCGAAGUUUGUGCUCUGGCCUUAUACGCCAUCCCUUCCCGGAGGUAUGGUCGCAGCCAUCGUAUUCUUCAUUCUCUCUGGCAUCCAUAUAUUCCGCCUCGUCAAGAACAGAACUUGGUUCUGCAUCCCGUUUGUCAUAGGCGCUCUAUUCGAAGCCGUUGGAUACGCCGGCCGAGCAGCAGCCCACAACGAUACAGAGAACAAGAAUCCAUACAUCGUCCAAUCCACCCUCAUCCUCCUCGCUCCGAUCCUAUUCGCUGCAUCCAUCUACAUGAUCCUAGGCCGCCUUAUCCAGCGCACCGAGUCGGCCGCAUUCUCCAUUGUACGCACUACCUGGACGACUAAGAUUUUUGUGGGUGGAGAUAUUCUGUGCUUCUGCAUCCAAGGCGGUGGAGCGGGAAUGCUGAUCCAAGCCAAAGACGAUGCCGGGUUCAAGAUGGGCGAGAACAUCAUCCUAGGAGGGCUAAUCCUGCAGAUCCUGAUAUUCGGGUUCUUCGUCGUAGUCUCAGGUGUGUGGCAUCGUAGACUAGCUGCGAGACCGACAUCUGCCUCGGCUGAGGUGCCGUGGGGGAAGUAUAUCUGUGGCUUUAUUACUAUUCGUAAUCUAUGUCGUGUUAUCGAGUAUGCUUUGGGCAGGAAUGGCUACUUGCUUUCCCACGAAUGGCCGCUUUACGUCUACGAUUUCCUUCCCAUGAUGCUUACGCUCAUUGUUUGCAUUGCUUGGUACGAUCCCAACAUCAAGCCAGGGCGCAAGCCCGACAUCGAGUUUGCAAUGCGACGCUAG